AUGGAGAUGUCAAAAUCUCAGAUUUUGCAGGAAAGAACUCCACUAAUGAAAACGCCGUGCGAAAAAGCCAUGCAGGGAAAGUGGGACGAAAUGGCAGAUUAUUUUGUGGAAAACAGACGAGUAAAGUAUCCAAUAAUCGGAUAUCCAGUUACGAUCGCUGAAGAUACUGCAUUUCACCUAGCAGUUCACAGCAAAAAGGAGAAACCACUUACAGAUUUACUUGAUGUUCUCAAUCAGCAAGAUGAAAGUAUGGGGCAGAGCAGUAGUCAUCAAUCCCCUAUCGUGCAAAAAAAUUCUUAUGGAAACACAGUUCUUCACGAGGCUGCUAUCAAUGGAAAUUUUGAAGCUGCAAAGCUCUUGAAGGAUAAGUAUCCUUGCCUGCUUUCGAUUAAAAACGUACUGGGAGAAACCCCAUUUUUUACUGCUGCUGCAUAUGGUAAGACAAAAAUAGUGGAGGAGUUAUGUUUAGCACAAGGAAUUUUGGAUGACGAGUUCAGAUUUGCAGAAGUUCAUCGUCAGAGAAACAAUUCCACCACCAUCCUACAAGCUACCAUCCAUGGCACACAUUUUGGGCUUCCUCUGGAAGACGAUGAACACGAUGAAAAUGCAAUGGAUGCUAUAUCAUCGCUAGUGGCAUUGGGGGAUAGUAGCCGUACUCGAUGGAUCUCCACUUGUUUUAAUCCACUCCUUAAAGGAUGGCCAAGUAUGGAGAACUUCCUGAAUAACAAGAAAAAGCAUAAAUUUGCUUUGAAACUUGCUGAGUUGAUAAUAAGGAAACAGGUCGUCCACCAGCCCCGACUCGGUAUUAUAGUGGACUUGUCCUCGGAUUUCAAUGAACCCUCAUCCUAUGAACCACCAGAAAAUAAGAAUGGAGGAAGUAAAGAUGUGCACAUAUCACCAGAUGAUGAAUAUGGGCAAGCAUCUAUGGCACCUCCGGCACUACUUAUUGCAACUAGCAAUGUAAUAGUAGAGAUUGUCCAAGAGAUCCUUAAGCAGCAUCCUCAACAUGUUGAGGUCCUUAAUGAAUUGGGACAGAACAUAUUGCACAUUGCCGUCAUGCACCGUCAGAAGAAGAUCUACGAUGUUAUAAAGCAUAUGAUGAAACUACCAUUGGCUAGGUUGAACAGAUGGAUUGACAAUAGUGGUUACACAGUGUUGCACCAAGUUGCAAAUACCAAACAUUACACUGAAGCCACUAAGGCAGGACCUGCUCUCCGACUACAGGAUGAGUUGCGAUGGUUCAAGCGCAUAGAGAAGAGAAUUCCCUCUCAUUAUCUGCAGCACUGUGAAUAUAAGAAAGACCGGACUGCAAAAAGGAUGUUUGAAGAAACGCACAAGGAGCUUCUCAAUAAUGAACAGCAAUGGAUUAAGGAUACAUCUAAGUCUUGUUCAACUGUAGCUGUACUUGUUGCUUCUGUCGUCUUUGCUGCUGCCUAUACUGUGCCUGGAGACUAUAAUACGAAAGGCAUUCCGAAUUUCCUCAGCAAUCGAUUUUUCAUGGUUUUCACCGUCUUCGAUUUUGUCUCCUUAGCAAGCUCUUUGACCUCGCUAGUGAUAUUCCUCUCCAUCCUUACGUCUCCGCUUGAGCUAUACGAUUUCCAUCGAUCCCUUCCUGGAAAGGUUAUGUUUGGCCUCACCUUACUCUUCUUCUCAGUUUUGACGACAAUGGUGACCUUUGGGUCCACCAUUGCGAUCCUUGUACAGUCGGAUAAGAAACGGACAGCAAUUCUUAUUUCUGUUCCGGCAUGUGUUCCCGUCGCCGUAUUUGCACUAAUGCUGUUGAAAUUGUACAUUCCUUAUCUGAGUGCUGUGAAGGAAUGUCUCAAGCCAAUCAGGAAGUUUCUUCCUUGGUUUCUUCUCCCUUCUCUACGACGGGAGAAAAAGAUCCCUUGA